GAGGCGGGUUUUCCGGUCUGGAACUCUUGCGGCUGCGUGGAGAGAGCGGAUGGUGGGGGAUGGGGCUUCUGAGUAUCUUGAAGAAAAUGAAGCAGAAAGAGCGGGAGGUGCGGCUCCUGAUGCUCGGGCUGGACAACGCUGGCAAGACCACCAUCCUUAAAAAGUUCAACGGAGAGGAUAUUGAUACCAUCUCGCCCACACUGGGAUUCAACAUUAAGACAUUGGAGCACAGAAAUUUCAAACUCAAUAUCUGGGACGUGGGAGGUCAGAAAUCACUGCGAUCGUACUGGAGGAACUACUUUGAGAGCACGGAUGGUCUAAUCUGGGUGGUGGACAGUGCUGAUCGGUUGCGACUGGAUGACUGCAGAAGGGAGCUCUCCGUCCUACUGCAGGAAGAGCGUCUGGCUGGAGCUACUCUCUUGGUGUUCGCCAACAAGCAGGAUCUACCUGGAGCACUGACCUCGGAUGCCAUUAAAGAUGCCUUGGACCUUGACAGUAUUAAGACCCACCACUGGUGUAUUCGAGACUGCAGCGCAGUGACAGGGGAGAACUUGCUAGUUGGAAUUGACUGGCUGAUGGACGACAUAUCCUGCCGAAUAUUUACUGCAGACUGACACUACCGCCACCACCACCAUCCCGCUCACCUCUCCUCCCCCUCUCACUACAGCAGCAGCCCUGCCUAUCACAAUGUAACCAUCACACGGGCUGUCUGAUCCCCACUCUGUUUGGUUUGUAUUUUUGAGAGGCGGGAGAGCACUGGAGGGUGUACGCAGAGUUUGAGCACGGUGGCAAACGUCCUGAAUGUCGGGAGCAGAGAAAUGCUGAGUCCUGCGUCUUCAUCUGGGAAAAUGUUCACUUUGUUAAAAUGUACAUCUUUUCUGAUGGACAUGGGGACACAGUUCCGGAUUGCUUCCUUUACAAAAUCUGAUGACUAUUGAAGUUGGUCAUUUUCACCUCUUGAGCACUGUUCAGGAUGCUUCUACUGAUGCAAUAGGACCAUCUCUCCCUCAUUGUUCACCGUCAUCUAGCUGUUUCUAUCCCUCUGCUUCCCCAUCUGCCACUUCAUUUCUCCCACUGUCUCCCUCUCCUCUCUCUCCCCCUUCUUCUUCCUGUUGCAUACCCACCUCCUUCUUCUACUCCCUGUCCCUUAUCUCAGCCCUCCUUCCUCUUCAACCCCUUCCCCUUUACCUCCCUGCCCAAUCGGUUUCUACACGGGUGUGGAUAUUUGUGCCACUUGACACAAGCUGUGGACUUGCCCUGUUGGCGUUUUGCUGCUUGUUUGUGUUUUGAGCCCAGUUUUCACAGCAACUGUUGGGAGGCCUGAGCCCACCAGGUGGUGGUGGUUAGGAUGUGGGAAAUGCACUGAUGACUUUGUUUGUAUUGUCUUUCUGUUUCAUUCUUGUUUAAAUUAUUUUACAGUGCAGAACAUUACAUUUAAAGAAAAACAGAA